AUGAGCGAAGCAGAAUUGAAUGUGAAGUCAUUUGAGAUAGAUGAUGCUCUUGAGGCAAGUUUAAAGGGAUUUGCACUUGCCAAUCCAUCGAUUACAUUGGUCCCUGAGGAGAAGUUUUUAUUCAGAAAGACAGAUAAGAAAAAGGUUGCCCUGAUCUCUGGUGGUGGUUGUGGACAUGAACCAGUGCACGCCGGUUAUGUCGGUAAAGGUAUGCUGGGCGGUGCUGUUUGCGGUGAUAUCUUUGCAUCUCCAUCUACCAAGCAAAUUGUGAAAGGUGUGAGAAUUGUCAAUGAGAAUGCGUCAGGUGUUUUGUUGAUAGUCAAAAAUUACACAGGAGAUGUGCUGCAUUUUGGUUUAUCUUCCGAGAGAGCUAGAGUCUUGGAUAUUGACUGUGGUAUGGCGGUUGUCGGUGAUGAUGUUGCUGUCGGACGUGAAAAAGGUGGAAAAGUUGGUAGAAGGGCACUAGCGGGUACUGUUUUGGUUCAUAAGAUUGUUGGGGCGUUUGCAGAAGAGUAUUCGAGUAAAUACGGUGUUAAAGGCUGUGAAAAGGUGGCUAAUAUAAUCACCGAUAGUUUAGUUACAAUUGGUUCUUCAUUGGACCAUUGUAAAGUUCCGGGAAGAAAAUUUGAAAGUGAGCUAACUGAAAAUCAAAUGGAAUUGGGUAUGGGUAUUCAUAAUGAGCCAGGUGUCAAAGUUCUUGAACCAAUUCCUUCCACUGAGGAGCUUAUUUCCAAGUACAUGCUUCCAAAAUUAUUGGAUCCAAACGAUAAAGAUAGAUACUUCGUCGAUUUUAAUCAAGAUGAUGAAGUGGUAUUACUGAUUAAUAACCUCGGAGGUGUAUCUAACCUAAUCAUUUCGGCAAUUGUAUCAAAGACUACUGAUCUAUUAAAGAAGGAAUAUAACAUCACGCCGGUACAAACUAUUGCCGGUACUUUGAUGACUUCAUUUAAUGCCGAUGGUUUCAGUAUCACGUUACUGAAUGCUUCCAAGGCUUCUAGAGAAUUGAAAAAAGAAUUUUCCAAUGUUGAAAAUGUUCUUGAUCUUCUCAAUGCGCCUACAGAUGCACCAGCAUGGCCACUUUCUGCAAAUACAGACACGCAAGGCCCUAAAUUCGAUGAAAACAUCUUAAAAAAUGAAAUUGAAGUUAAAGAUGCGGGUGCCUACGACUACGAUGCACUUUGUAAGUGGAUGAAAGCUGGUGCGGAGCAAGUUAUCAAAAGUGAACCUCAUAUCACAUCUUUAGAUUCCAAAGUCGGUGACGGUGAUUGCGGUUAUACUUUGGUUGCGGGGGUGAAGGGAAUCACAGAAAACCUGGAUAGAAUAUCGAAGGAAUCACUUUCAGAAGCAACUGCACAAAUAGCUGACUUCAUCGAAAGCUCAAUGGGUGGUACCUCCGGAGGGCUAUACUCGAUUUUAGUUUCAGGCAUUUCACAUGGUUUGAUUGACAUCUGCAAAAACGCCAAAGAACCGGUUACUCCUGAAAUCGCAAGUAAAGCAUUUGAAAUUGGUCUUAACACUCUUUAUAAAUAUACAAAGGCAAGGCCAGGUGCUUCUACAAUGGUUGACGCACUCGACCCAUUUGUCAAAGAGUUUGCAAGGUCCAAAGACUACAACAAAGCUGUGGAAGCGGCAGAUAAGGGGGCAAAAUCAACAGCACACUCAGAAGCAGCGUUCGGUAGAGCUUCGUAUGUGGGAGACUCAUCCAACAUUGAAGAUCCUGGUGCUAUAGGUAUCGUGGAAUUUAUGAAGGGUGUACAAUCGGUUUUAUAA